GUUAAUAAACAGCUAGCUGCGGCUGUUAUUGUUUGCCUCAAUCUUUAAACUUGUUAUAAUUAACUCCAGAUAGUUGUAGACAAAAAGAACACUAGUAAAAUAGACAUAGCGUAGACAUAAGAAACAACAUAACUUUUUAGUAGCUAAUGUGCUAGCUCGUUAGACGAACUUUUUGUUGCCAGCUAGCGAGCAAUGCAGCUAGCUCAGUAGCUUGCAAAGUUAGCAACGUACAGUACCGGCUUAGCUAGGUAUCUUGCUGUCUCACUGCUGCAAUGGCUGCAAUUCGAAAAAAGCUGGUCAUAGUAGGAGAUGGAGCGUGUGGAAAGACGUGUCUUCUCAUUGUGUUCAGUAAAGACCAGUUCCCAGAGGUCUAUGUGCCCACCGUCUUUGAGAACUACGUUGCUGACAUAGAAGUUGAUAGCAAACAGGUUGAGUUGGCACUGUGGGAUACAGCAGGUCAGGAGGACUAUGAUAGGCUGCGACCACUUUCAUACCCCGACACUGAUGUCAUCCUCAUGUGCUUCUCCGUCGACAGCCCUGACAGUUUGGAGAACAUCCCAGAGAAAUGGACUCCAGAGGUCAAACACUUCUGCCCCAAUGUUCCUAUAAUCCUAGUUGGGAACAAGAAGGAUCUACGAAACGACGAUCACACCCGUCGGGAGCUGGCCAAGAUGAAGCAGGAGCCAGUGAAGCCGGAGGAGGGUCGCGACAUGGCAAACAGAAUCAGUGCCUUUGGAUACAUGGAGUGCUCUGCAAAAACAAAGGAUGGUGUGAGGGAGGUGUUUGAAAUGGCCACCAGGGCCGCACUGCAGGCACGGCGGGGCAAGAGGAACAGUAAAUGUCUUUUACUGUAAAAAAAAAACGGAAAUGCGAGAACCGCUUCGCCGCGGGAGGCAGGGGGAUUGACAGGAGACGAACGGCUGAGUGUACUCCUCACAUCAAGACUGUGCUUAACACCAGUUUUUUGCUAAAGGUGUAAUGCUUUUUAAUUUCUGUCUUAAACAAGGUAGUCAGUUUUGUCAGUAUUCAAUUAUAAAGGUUAUGGAUUUUUUUUUAAAUGUACUUUUAACAUGAGUAAAUUUGCCAUAUCAACUCCUCCCAAGUUGUAACAUAAGUGAUCAGCCAAGACCCAUAUGUCAUACCUGCCAAUUACAUGAGCCCAUACACUGUGACCUAUAGUUAGUUUAAUUAAAUGGUGGAGUAAAUGAAGUCACAAUGAAUGCGCUUCAGGCAAAACACCAUGUACUCCCAUGCAGACAGACUGGAAACUCAAUUUGUUAAACCACAAAAGGAAACUUGGUAUCUUUGGGAAAUAAAUAACUUUGUAAGAACGUGGA